ACUUACAUUGUGCUUCAAAUACACAGAAAGUAUUUUUGAACCAUUGGCACUACUGGCCAAGUUCAGGGUUUGUUUUCUCCCUUUCCAGGCCCAGCUUCAAAGGGAAAAAGAACAGGAUCAUAUGAAGCUGCAAGUAAAACUUGAAAAGCUGGAAAUCUUAGAAAAAGAAUGUUUCAAACUUACAACAACUCAGAAAAUUGCCGAGGACAAGAUAAAAAAUUUAGAAGAGAAACUUAAGGAAGAAGAACAUCAGCGUAAGCUGUUUCAAGAUAAAGCUUCAGAGCUUCAAACUGGACUUGAAAUAAAUAGGAUUUUAAUGUCUUCAGUAUCAAAUCCAAAAUGCCCCAAAGUAAAGAAGAAAUCUUCAAAAAAAACGAAAUGUCUAAAGAGAGGGCCACCUCAGGAAAGUUUUUCAAAGUUUGGAUCACUGCCUUUUGUGACUGAGAAGAAACCUGCUGAAGUGACGGGGCCUAGGUGUUUCCACAAACCGACUAGAGCAACUCGCCACUGCAAAGUUGUAACUGCUAAAUUAGAGAAGCCCAUUUCUAUCUCUGACAACCUGUCUGAACUCCUGAUGGCAAUGCAGGAUGAGCUGGGCCAGAUGAGCAUAGAACACCAAGAUCUGCUGAAUCAAAUGAAGGAAACUAACAGCCACUCCGUCUAUGAAGACAUAAAAUGUGAACUGGAAUAUCUGGCUAAGAAAAUGGAAGUUAAAGCAGAACAAAUUUCCAAACUGAAGAAGCACCAAGACAGUGUUCGUAAGCUACAGCAAAAAGUUAAGAACUCAGUGAUGAGUGAAGCUUCAGCUCUUCAUCAAGAAGAUAGCACCUCUAAGAGAUCCAAGAACAUAAAAAACAGCGUCAGGAAAUGUCCACCAACUAACCAUCUUCAGAAGAGCAGCAGCUCCCAUCCAACACGAGUCCACAAUCUUCAAGUGAAAUUGAGAAGAGAUGAUAUCAUGUGGGAACAGUAGCGACAGCAAACCUGUCACCCUAAAUGAACUCUUGUCAAUGAAAUCUUGAACUGUCUAAAGUGGUUUUAAUUUAAUAUACUUUGACCAAACUCUGAAUUAUGUUUCUAGCCUCUAUAAAGUCACACUGUAGUAUCUUUAAAUUAAUGUCUAGUGGCAUUCUAAGAGUCCCAAAGAGUAAAUGACUGCUUUUUUAUUUUU